UCAUCUUAUAAUUCAUAUUAGUAUUAUUAAUUUAUAAUAAGCUUAAUUAAGCUUGCUAGCUAGUUCAUAUAUAUAUAUUGAGCUUCUUUUUAUUAUAUAUAUAUAUAUAUACUAAGCUAGCUUGUUCAUCUUGAGCUUGUACAAUUAUAUGGAGUUAUCAGGAGGUGGAGGAUCAGAUGAUGGAAAGAUGACGAUGACAACGAUGUGUUCUCGAGGACACUGGCGUCCCGGAGAAGAUGAGAAACUCCGGCAGCUUGUUGAGAAGUAUGGCCCUCAGAAUUGGAAUUCCAUUGCUGAAAAGCUUCAAGGAAGAUCAGGAAAGAGUUGUAGAUUGAGGUGGUUUAACCAGCUUGAUCCAAGAAUCAAUAGAAGGCCAUUCACAGAAGAAGAAGAAGAGAGGCUUCUUGCAGCACAUAGAAUCCAUGGCAAUAAAUGGGCUCUAAUUGCAAGGCUUUUCCCUGGAAGAACUGAUAAUGCAGUGAAAAACCAUUGGCAUGUGAUCAUGGCAAGACGACAACGAGAACGAUCGAAGAUUUACAGCAAGAGAAUUCAUGAUCAACAUCAUCAUCACCUUCUUGAAUCCACUUCAAGGAGUUUCGGCUUUUAUUCAGGUUUCGGUGCAGUUAUGCAACUGAAUUAUAAACCGAACUCUUCUCGCGCUGAUGGUUAUGUUUAUGAAGCAAUGAACAAGUUUGAGUUGUUUAGAAUUGGGGAUAGUUCAAGUGGUUUGUUGAAUCUUGGAAGUGAUAAACAGAAAGAACAAGAAGAUGAGUCUUUGCAGCAGAAAAAGGAUGCUCCUUUCAUUGACUUCUUGGGUGUAGGAAUCACCUCAUGAAUCUUUGUCCUUUUAAUUUAAAUAACGUCUUAUAUAAAUUAUAUAUCACGCUUAUAUUCUUGUGAUGAUUGAUGUUCUAUU